AUGCAAGCCUCUUGCAAUGUCACCGCCCAGCGCCUUGCCCGGAUCCCUCGCGGCCGACACACAAUCACAUCCGCCGCCGCCGGCCGCCACCGAAACACCACGACGCGAAAUCUGGCGGCGGCGGCGGAGCGGAUCGAAAUGUUCAAGUCGCUGGAAGGUUGGGCGGCCGACAACGUGCUGCCGCUGCUGAAGCCCGUGGAGAAAUGCUGGCAGCCUCAGGACUUCCUCCCCGACCCUCGCCUCCCGGCGGCAGAGUUCGCGGAGGAGGUGCGGCGGCUGAGGGAGCGGACGGCGGAGCUCGCCGACGAGUACUUCGUGGUGCUGGUGGGGGACAUGGUGACGGAGGACGCGCUCCCGACCUACGAGACAAUGAUUAACACGUUCGAUGGGGUCAGGGACGAGACCGGGGCGAGCCCGAGCCCAUGGGCCGUGUGGAAUCGGGCCUGGACCGCGGAGGAGAAUCGACACGGGGAUCUGCUCCGGACUUUCUUGUACCUUUCGGGCCGGGUCGACAUGCGGAUGGUGGAGCGGACUGUCCAGUAUCUCAUUGGAUCCGGCAUGGACCCGGGGCUGGAGAACAACCCGUACUUGGGGUUCGUAUACACGUCAUUCCAAGAGCGAGCCACGUUCAUAUCACACGGCAACACGGCCCGGCUCGCGAAGCAAGGCGGGGAUCCGGUGCUGGCGCGUAUAUGCGGCACCAUCGCCGCCGACGAGAAGCGCCACGAGCUGGCCUACACCCGCAUCGUCGAGAAGCUGCUCGAGCUGGACCCCAACGGCGCCGUUUUGGCGGUGGCCGACAUGAUGCGGAAGAGCAUCACGAUGCCGGCGCACCUGAUGUACGACGGCAGGGACCCGCAGUUGUUCCAGCACUACUCGGCGGUGGCGCAGCGGCUCGGGGUUUACACGGCGGGGGACUACGCGGACAUACUGGAGUUCUUGAUCGGACGGUGGGGGUUGGAGAAGUUGGGGGAUGGAUUGGACGGUGAUGGGAGGCGGGCGCAGGAGUACGUGUGUGGGCUCGCGCAGAGGAUCAGGAGGUUGCAAGAGCGGGCGGAUGAGAGGGCGAAGAAGAUGAAGGAAGCCGUUGAGUUUAGCUGGAUUUUUGACCGGGAGGUGGUUUUGUAAGAAGGAUGUGGAGGAACCUCUCGUUUUCCUUCCCCGUUUUUUGGUUUGGUUUGUCGUUUCAUUUUUUUCUUUCCAAGUUUUGAAUGAGUUUUUUUUUUAAAAGGAGUUUUCUUACUAUGCUCUCAAACAUUGUUGUUUUCCAUGU